UGAACGGUCAUCAUUGAGUACUAUGGACAUUAAUGAUUCUGAGGAGAGUAAUGGAUCAUCUCACUUCAUAGUCAUUGAUUCCCAGGUAGAGACUCAGGAGUGGGACCAAAGUCGGAUCCUGCACAAUCUGCCGGCCUUGAGACAGGAUUCACCACGGUCACCAGUUAUUGAACUAACACAUGCAGAUACUGUGAAACCAAAAGUGUUUCUGCCAGCAACUGAUAGUGAAGCAGAGGUUCCUAUACACUCGUCUUCAGAAGCAGAUGAAGUCAUUAUGGAAACACAGAGUGAUCACAAAUCAAGCAGCAGUUCAAUAGAAGAUGCUGAAGUAACAGUCAUGGAGAUGACAGAUGCUGCCAACCCUGACAGAGAGGAUCAAACCAGGUCUACCAAUGGUUCGAAAGAAUUUCAACUGUUUCAACCUAGUAUGUCAGAAAACGAUACGUGCCUUGAUAAUUCUGAUGAAGAACGGCUGGUUUCUACACCGGGCAAGUACAUAGGAUCACUUCAUUUCUCUGGAGAACCUCUGCUUGUUCCUGAAAGUGUUGAGGAAAGCUUAAAUGAACUAUCUGCCUCUCCAGGAGUGUAUCCAGUUAUUAUACCCAGCUCACCCACCCAGGUCAGGGAAGAAGAUAGUGUUGAAUCUAACGAGAUUACCGUCAUUAAACGACCACAUGACUAUCAGAGUGGAACAGAAGAAAGGCAGAGGCAAUCAUUAUCUGAUAUAGAGACUCAAAUUCAGGACUCCUUGCACCUGGCACUGUCAGACACUAACACGGGUAUGAUGGAGAAGGAAUCACAGGUUCCAUCAACACAAAAUGUAUCACAAGACUUGGCUCUUCAUCUGUCUCCGUCUCAAGGUGACUCCAUGUGUCAAGGUAACAGUCAGAAAACUCGACAGAAGUUGACUGGAACUAAGUCAUCUUCUCAGCCAGACAUGUCGGAAAAGCUGUGUCGAAGUCGAUCAAAGUCAAGUUCAUUAUCUACAGAUUCGGGUGGAUUCCACCUGUCACUGCCAAAGCAGGGGACUCUACUUCACCCAGUCCAGCCACUGGCAACAGAGGAAAAACAGGUAGACUCAAGGGACGAUGUUUCCAGACCAGUAGUUACCCCGUCUCUUGUACUGGAUAUGAUUGACACCUCACAGUCGACUGCCGACGCAUCUUUCCGUCUUCAAAAACCUGAACUGAUUCUCACAGAGACAAAUGAAGAAAGUGAGGCGAAUAUUUUCAAGAAAACAAAAGCAGGCUUUGAUAAACCUCAUCAACUAGUUCUACGUGAAAGCAGUGAAGACUUCCUAGGUUUUCAGUCAGAAAAAACGUCAGACAGACAGAGGUUAGAGAAAUCCGUGUAUGAUGACAGCACUGAACUUUAUGAAGCAGAUUUUGGAAACCAGGGAGCAGAAAAGAACCAAGAUCCAACAUCAGCUUUUGGUGAAAGGAAUAAGAACCAGGAAACACACCAAACACAAACAGAAAGAUCUUCCAUUCACAUUUCAUCAUCUCAAUCAACACACCAGGCACCAAUGGAAAGAUCUAUGCAGAUUUCACCAACGCAAUUAACACACAAGGCACAAACAGAAAGAUCUUCUAUACAGAUUUUACCAUCUCAGUCAACACACCAGGCACCAAUGGAAAGAUCUAUGCAGAUUUUACCAACACAAUCAAUACAUGCACAACAGAGCGAGUCCAUGCAGGUAGAGAGACCAACAGCUUCAGUCUCUAUGGCCCAUGAUAACCCGGCUCGGAGUAAGACGUCAAAAUUAGUGAUAGACAAACAUGGGGUGUGGUCAGCAUCCAGAGACACGGUACCUCCAGAACGUUCUGUGUUGGCUACACAGGACAGAAGAGAUCCAUACACAUUCCACGGGUCUCAGUCACAGCAGAUGGAAAACGGACAAACAGACUCCAUAAAGAAAUCAGCUAAGGUAAAGCUACAAUCAUAUCCACAGACUCCUGUUUCCACAAAGAAACGGACGUUGUUACACAGAAAACCUGGAAUCAAACGUCUGCAGAAUGUUAGUGCUGCGAUCUCUUCUACAGAGGUGGAAGACAACACCAAGGUAGAACCUCCAUCGAAAAAACGCAAGGAACCACUUAAAAAGUUCACCAAGCUAUCAGAACGACAGACCCCUUCAAAAUGCCAAGCCACUGAAGCAUGUGAAUCACCAACAGCAGGAGCAACGGUUGCAACAAAGAGCAAGGCUAGAUUGCUGAUGUCACCAACAUCGACAACUGAAGACAAACAGCCUAAAACCCACAAAAGAAGGAGUGUUGAGUUUGCUGAAAUUGUCCAAUCAGAAGUUCAGACAUCUAUAGAAGACCGGUUGUCUGGCUCCCUUGAUUCGGAUGAGCUCAUCGAGAAAACCACCAUAGAGGAGACAACGUGCGUCCAUCGACUCAUCAAAGUGGUCAUCAUGUCAGCCAAGGAUGGGCGUGUCAUCAGAACCACAGAACGAGAGGAAGAAGAUCCACCAGUAUUUCUGCGGAAAGUUGAAGAAACAAAACGACUGAAUCCUUUUAUAUCACCAUCACGCACCAAUAGCUCUCUGACCUCUGGCGACUUGGGAGAUGUCUCGAGCAGUAGUUUAUCUCGGCAUAACAGCUCGGGCUCGAAGGGGGGCAGUCUGGAGAAAAUGGGGUCCAGUCUGGAUAUAGCUUCUCUCUCGAAGUCGCAGCAUGAAACAGUCUCGAGGCAAGAGGAAAACGUGCAUGCCUCACAAAUGGGCAACACCCCAGAAGACCGUAUGAAUGAGAGUAAUGGAACACCCGACGUGUCUGUCAUUGAGAAAACUGACAGCAGACACGGUGCCGUCGUUAGCAGUGCUGAAAGCAAGAAAACAGAUUCCUUGUUCACUAGUCCCGAAGAACAAAAAAGAUCAGUUGCUGCUGGAGUGAUGUCGAACUCUUUGGCAGGUAAAAGUCCAGCAAGACAAGAGAAGGCCGAUUCGAGUGAGGAAUCAUUGGGCAUUCCUCCAGCACAGGUGUCAAGGUCGUAUCCACACCAGUCGAAGCCAUCGGAAUCAUCCUCAGGUUCAAUAUUGUCCCAGGAGAGGCGAGAUCAGGCUCGAUCGUCACAAGAAAGUGGAGGUUUCUCUGUUAGAGGAUCGGGAUUUCACGCUACCCGGUCGCCACAGAUCGGCACGCUGUCUGCGUUCAGAAAAUCAGGCUCUGCAAGAUCUCAGCCAGAGAAAAGUAAAAACAGCUUAGAUGACAGUCGUAGGCUUAGCCCUGAAAUUCCAGAUCAGACUGAUCAGAUUACUGCUGAAACCUCCACCAUGAGGACUCCAGCUAAAAUACAUUAUGCCAGUAAAUUAGAGAAAGGUAUACAGUACUUGUUGGUUUAA